AUGUGUAUCAAUAACAAAUGGCUGAGUUUUAUGGGUUGGAGCAUGUUGACAGUUGUUUACAAUUAUGAUCAACAAACAUUACAGUUGUAUGAUAUGCUCAAAUCAGCUUUAGGCGUCCUGCAAUCUUCGGUAUCUGAUUUGAAUAAAGGUAUUGACAGAAGUUGUACCACUGAGCCGAAUUCCAAGACCAGUUUACCUGAUACUAACUUUGGUACUCCAGUUAAGCGAAGAAAACUACCAGAUUUAAAAUCAAGAUUUAAUACUGCAUUUUCAAAAUACAAUAACAUUUUUGAAUUAUUUGAAAUUGGCAAGGGGUUUCGUUCUCGUCUCGCCAUGUAUUGGUUAUCAGCAAAGUACUUCAACUUCCCUCUAACACCAGAGGCCAUUCGCUGUGGUAAAUAUCUGGCAGGUAUAACAACCGAGUGCAUAUGCUGGGAUAAGCGUAAACUAUUUACUGUUGGUACGUUCCUACUGAAUGCUUUAGGUUUCAUGAAGAUAUCCCUGAAUGCAAGCGAAUUUUAG